AUGUCUGAUUCUGCAGUUGCAACGUCCGCUUCCCCAGUGGCUGCCCCGUCCGCUUCCCCAGUGGCUGCCCCGUCAGUGUCAGUUGAGAAGAAGGUGGCCACCAAGAAGGCAUCUGGAUCCGCUGCCCCAAAGGUGAAAAGGGCUGCUGCCCCGCCAUCGCAUCCGCCAACUCAACAAAUGGUGGACGCAUCCAUCAAGAAUUUGAAGGAACGUGGCGGCUCAUCGCUUCUGGCAAUUAAGAAAUACAUCACUGCCACCUAUAAAUGCGAUGCCCAGAAGCUGGCUCCAUUCAUCAAGAAAUACUUGAAAUCCGCCGUGGUCAAUGGAAAGCUGAUCCAAACCAAGGGAAAAGGGGCGUCUGGCUCAUUUAAACUGUCGGCCUCCGCCAAGAAGGAUCCGAAGCCGAAGCCUGCGUCUGCUGAGAAGAAGGUGAAAAGCAAGAAGGUAGCCGUCAAGAAGACCGGAUCCACCGCCAAGAAAGCUGCCGCCGGAGCUGACGAGAAGAAGCCCAAGGCUAAGAAGGCUGUUACCACCAAAAAGACCGCCAAGGAUGCCAAGAAAACUGGAACCGUAAAGGCGAAGCCAACAGCAGCGAAGGCCAAGUCGAUCGCAGCGAAGCCAAAGGCGGCGAAAGCACCAAAGGCCAAGCCAGCGGCGUCUGCUAAGCCCAAAAAGGCGGUGAAAAAAGCAGCUGCUCCUGCUACCGCUAAAAAGCCGAAAGCCAAGACUACGGCUGCCAAGAAGUAAAUUGUGCAAAAGUACAGUACCUGGUACCUGCUCGCAAUCGCUAUUUUAGAUUUCGAUAUCUGAAAUUAGUUUAAACAAGCCCUUUUCAGGGCUACAACGUUCGUUAACAAGAGAAAGAUACUUUCAAUUUAAAACUUUGUACAUUUUACUUAUCCAAUUAUUUUGUUAGGCCGUUAGCAUUUUUUUUUUAAAGAAGUGUGGCCGCAUUGAUUUCAGCAGCUGUACCAGAGUAUCUUAAAAUGCAAGUCAAAGAAUGUUCCUCGCCACUUUUUGCAGAAACUCGUUAUCAAUCGAUGUUCAUGAUUUAAUAACUAUACUAUAAAGCUCCAGAAUAAGUUCUUCAGAAAAAAAAACACAAAUUGAACUUA